CACAGGCAGUAAAGUUGUGAUUGGAGUUGUUACAGGUAGCCUCGGUGCUGGCUACUGUCUCGUAUUUUAUAUAGAAAAUUGGAUUAACGGUGAAAAUGUCGUGGUUGUAGCAUAAAGAUCAUCUCAUCAAUGGCUGCACUGUGGUCAAAGAUCUCCGCUGCUCUGCCUCCUGAUGAAGAACAGUUUCCACUCCAGUUUAGUGACAAAGUGGAUUCCAGUGUGGUGGAAAUGCUGAAGCGGUCCACUCGGCAGCUGUACAGCUACGCCGCAAGAACUUUGCAGCUGCUCACUGCUCAGAUUAUUCUGGAUUUUUCGUGGGAGAAACUCAACACAGGAACGUGGCGCGAUGUGGACAAAGAAUGGAGGCGAGUUUAUUCUUACGGGUGCCUCUUCAAGGCGGCCGCUCUGUGUCGGGAAGAUCCGUCACCAGAAGAGGUCCUGCAGGCUGUGAAGACGUGUGAUAUGGGAUUACUCAUGGGUGCGGCCAUCAUGGAUGAUAUACUGCAGGUGGUUGUUCGGAUUCUGCAGGGUGAAGUCGGGAAAUCGAGUAAAGAUGAGGAGGAAGAGAAAAGGGAGCAUCCUCAGGUCAAGAGAAUAAAGUUGGAGAUCCCACGUGUUCCAGUGAUCAAAGAAGAGCUGGCUGUUCCCAGGAUCAGGAGUCCUUCACUGGAGAGCUUCAACAAAAAAUACCUGCUCCCACUCAAACCAGUGAUUUUAGAGGGAGUUAUUGACCACUGGCCUGCCCUCAACCAACGACCCUGGAGCAUAGAAUACUUGAGGUCUGUGGCCGGUUGUCGGACGGUUCCAGUCGAGGUGGGAUCGAGGUACACGGACGAGGAAUGGUCUCAAACACUGCUAACCGUCAGUGAAUUCAUCGAUCGAUACAUUGCAAAUAAAGAUGGAGGCAACGCUUUGGGAUACCUCGCUCAACACCAGCUUUUUGAUCAGAUUCCAGAACUGAAGGACGACAUUCGCCUCCCUGAUUAUUGCUGCCUGGGGGAAGGAGAAGAAGACGAUAUUACAGUGAACGCCUGGUUCGGCCCUGGAGGAACAGUGUCUCCUCUUCACCAAGAUCCCCAGCAGAACUUCUUGGCUCAGGUGGUGGGGAGCAAAUACAUUCGCCUGUAUUCCCCAGAGGACUCAGACAAGCUGUACCCUCAUCAAUCCGAACUCCUUCACAACACCAGUCAGGUGGAGGUGGAGAAUCCUGAUGCGGAGCAGUUCCCCGAGUUCUCCAAAGCUCCGUAUCAGGAGUGUGUGUUACAGCCCGGAGAGGUGCUGUUCAUUCCAGUGAAACACUGGCAUUAUGUCCGCUCCUUAGAGCUCAGCUUCUCCGUCAGCUUCUGGUGGUCGUGACUGCAGGCCCGUAAUAAAAAAGAAUAACUGUUGCUUGUUUUCUUGCUGCUACGGAGGGAAUUUAAUUUGGAGUUCUAUAACCACUGCUAUGCUCAUUUUCAUAAAUCUUGUGACAACCAGUGAUCACACAAACCUUUUGAUCCAUGAACAAUGAGCACACAGUGCUGAAUGAUUAGUUUAAUUGUGCCGCUGAUGAGUGCAGCAAAAUCUAUUGUGUGGAAAGCUACCCGCAGGAGAACAAAAACAAACAAAUGAGGAGUUCCAACUGUGUGUGCUCAUUUCAUCCUGCAUAUCAUUAACGCAGGGUUGUUAGCCCUCUAAUUUGAUAGGAUGUGUAUCUCUUUUCUAAUUGGCUUAUUUAAUUGUAUUCUCAACCUCAUAUCUACAAACAUCCUUGUACGAUGUGAUUUCCAUAAUUCAUGGAAAUGAGGUGAGUCUUCAGAUUUAAUAACCGAUGGAGCUACAGGUACAAAAAUGAACUAAUAAACACUGGUUUCUGGUUAGAGUGACAGUGUGAGGCAAUGAAUGAAUAAAUGAAUUAAUCCCCUGGGCACAGACCGACUUUGAAAUCCAAACAGUCUCACUGCUUUGAUACCAUGACAGCGUGACCCGUGAUGUCACACCAAAGACACGAUGAAGACAGGAAGCCCUGCAUGUCAGAUUUUUAAAUGUAUAACAUCAGACCCCAGUCAAGUGUCCCCUAGGUCUGUUUCACUCGAGCACUGUAAUUCCGACCGUGAUGCCCAGAACUGAUGUCGACAUUAAUUCGAUUUUCAACCAGAAUAACAUUUAGCUUCAAGAAGUGUUCGGGGAAAUCGGAGCAGAGUACUUGUGAAGGCUGGGGGAAGAGUGACUCCAGAAAAUUGGAAGUUGUUUUUCUGAUUUUUGUCACAGGGUGCUGGUAGCCUAGCGGUUUGUGCAAGCCUCCCCAUGUACAGAGGCUUAAGUCCCUUAAAUAAAUGCUAUAGAACUUAUAGUCCAAAACAUGCAAAAAAAACUGCGCUGUCCUCAGUUCUCUUCUUGAGAUCUUGACCUAUUUUUCUGGUUAUCUUGGUGUUGCGCUUGUUUUCCUUUUAUAAAAGAUUCAUUUAUCUCAUUAUCUCGAGCUAGUAAAGUUUGUUUUCUCGGAAAAACCAAACAAUAGGCUGGUCACCGAGAAAGGCCUGACCGUCACAUGCGAUGCGGCCAUUGCUCACACUCAUGAUGGAAGUUUAGCCUUUUUUCUAAGUUUGAUUUGUGCUUUUUUUUCAGGGGAUAGAAGACGGAAAUGAGUCAUUGUCACAGUAAAAUGGACUAAAUAAAAUGUCUGGAUGCAUGUCUUCAUAAACCUGUAGACAGACUCAGAAACAAACUGGAGUUAUUUUUGUAGAUGUAAGAAAUAUGGCGUAAAACUUCACAUAAAAGCCCAUGCUAAUGGUAGACGCAGUCCCUUUUUAGUAUCCCAUUUUUUAAACUUCAUUUUUUUAUUGAUAUCCUAGUUUUGUACAUAUACAAUUGUAUAGUCUUUGCCAUCUUUGCUGUCCAAGAGUUGUGUUUGAAAAUAAUGAAAGGCCCAUCUCGUAUUGAUGUCUAUCCCAAUUAAAACCAGGGUCAUUAUAAAGACUGAAGUCAAUAAAAGCCUGUCCAUUCAUCAAGGUUUUACUGUUAUUGGUUUACAUAGAAGUUCACUUUAUGACUAAUUGAUGUAAAAAAUAUAUUGAAAACAGUGUUCUUUAAGUCCUCAUAAAUCUGAUAAAUAAAUAAAUUACACUUAAAUGCUUUCAUGAUAGAGCUCCAAGAAAAAAGAUAGUUUGAUGUCUUGAUUACGAUACAUUUUUCUAUUAAGAAACACUGUUGACUAAGUGAAAAGUGAUGCAUUAGACUUGAUGUUCAUGUUAUGAAUAUUCAACUUUUAACAUUCCCUUAAAGCAGUCAUACCUGUCUGGAUUAAACUGUGUGAGUAAAAGCGUUGUACUUUGUUGACUUUGUUGUUGUCAAGUAAGUGGCAUAAUUGACUCAAGAUCACACAAAACUGCUUACGCUCAUUAUAAGUGAUCGAUAGUUAAUUACCAGUGAAGUCAUGUUGGACCUCUGAGCCUAUAACCCAUCUCUUCCACCUCGAUCCUCUCCUCCCGCUCCUCUUUUGAUUAAUGGCUGCAUUGAUUGUUAAAUAAAUCAGGAAUCAAAUCA